AUUAUUUUUACGCAAUCCCUAUUUUUGCUCUUACUUACUAGGGAGCUGAGAAUGCAAGCUACUUUCUUCACAGCACAAUAUGUAGAGGAUCAACGUUCACCCGAUAGGUCGGCACUAGCCACCGAAUACGCCAGCCACACUUCAAGUUCGCUAGGUUACCACCAUGGCCAGUCGACCGCGGCCAAGUAAACAUUGAAAAGCACAUCUAUUCUGCCAAACACCUGAGAUAUCACUACAAACCCUCAAAAUCCCCUUGCUUUGUCAUAAAUAGGGUGUCGCGACGACUUCAAAGAUCACGAUCUGCUACCUCAAUUCCGUGUGAUACCCAAGCGCAUUGGUGCAUUCACCACGCGCGGGCCUGUCGCGACCUCAAGAUCCACCCAGCCACCUCAAUCCUCAACAAUACUCGUCGCAUAGCUCCUCAAUUCACGACCACCUAAGCUUUAUAAUUGCCCUUCAAUACGCGCAAACCCUCCCAUCAUGCCUCCAAAAUCUACACCCACGGGGAAAGGCAAGAAGGGAGUUGCUGUCGCAAAGUCCAAGGAGAAGUCACCAAAAUCACCAGCUAGCGCGAAUAAGGUCGUGAAGAAACCUGUCAAGCGUCGAAGCAGUGGAAUUAGCCAAGUUGAACGUGAGUCUCGCGCAUCAUUCUCCAGCUGUUUUCUGAGGGAUUGAAUACUAAUUACUUUUCAAUUGUAGCUGGAGAUCCAGUCCCAGGACGAAAGAGACGCAGGUACAGACCUGGAACACUCGCGCUAAAGGAAAUCCGAAGAUAUCAAAACUCGACCGAUCUCCUGAUGAGAAAGCUACCAUUUUCGCGUCUGGUAUGUUGCGCGUCAUUUUGGGGUUUGGUACAAUGACUGACAAGUUGGAUAGGUUCGAGAAAUCGCAGCAUAUACACGACCACCUGGAGAGGAGAUGCGCUGGCAAUCACAAGCUAUCAUGGCUCUACAAGAAGCAUCGGAGGCAUUCCUGGUACAUUUGUUUGAGGACACCAACUUGUGCGCUAUCCACGCGAAGCGAGUUACAAUUAUGCAGAAGGAUAUACAACUCGCUAGGAGAAUUCGCGGAGCUUGGGGUGGAUUGGGCUGA